AUGCAUUUACAAACCGAUGAUUUCGAAUUUUUAAGCGGUGAUACAAUAACCGGUACGGUUGUACUGGAAAAUACCGAUCUUCUUCAUUUCAUUGCCUUCGGUAGUGAGAUCAUCGUUGAUUGGAAUGAUUUGGAAGCGAGAACUCAAAACGGUUUCACCGUGCAUUACGACCAACGGUUUGAAAACAAAUUGAUAUCCAUCAAUGCACAACGAAGUUUGGUGCGUGAGAGCAUGGAACCAGGAACUCAUUACUAUGAGUUUUCUUUGAAAAUACCUCGAGCCACGCCAUCGUCAUGCACGGCCAAGUUUGGUUACAUUAAAUAUGAACUAUCCCUGGUGCUGCAUGAUACGAAAGGAUUUCAGAAAUUGUACACUCUUCCCAUUCAUAUACAGAGAAGCCUUAAUUUAUCUUUAAACCCGAAACUAUUGAGACCCUUUUGCAAGGAAUUCAAUUACAAUACCAAUUGGUGGUUUUUGCCUUGUGUAAGCAAACCUUUUAAUGCCACAAUUGCUUUGAAUUCUUGUGCAUUUAUACCGGGCGAUCAAAUCGAAUACACCAUAACCGUUGAUAACGCAAGCCGAUAUUUUGAUAUAGAAAAAAUUGAUUUGGUAUUAAUACAAAAGCAUCAAUUUCAAGCUGAACGUCCCUAUAAAAAAUCGCGUCACGAUAUAAAGGUCUUAUUAACAACAACUCAUAAUAAGCCAUGUCGCCGCUUAGCGCAAUGUAUUGUGACCGGAUGUCUUCAGUUACCUGAAACGUUACCGAUUACCAGUCAGGAUCCAACUAUAAUUAUGGUUAAUUAUUCACUACAUAUAUUUAUUGAAAUGCGAGGCUUUAAUAACAGCAGCUACUUAAGAAUACCAAUAAUCAUAGGGAGUCAUAACGAAGAGAUUCGAUUGAUGGCAAAUUCUGCGCUGGAUCAUGUCAUUAACAUAGCAGAUAAAAAUGAAUGUUCUGAAAAUCUUCAAGCGGAAUGCAUUGUGUAA